AUAAAUAAAUAAAAAUGGGUUCAUAUUUGGGAAUCUAUACAAUUUUGGUUCUAUGUUUGCUAGGAUAUUCAGCCAAUGCUGAGGUGUUCACCGCUGGUGGUCCUCCAAAUUCUGAUAUUACCGCGGCAGUUCUUAAAGCAUUCACAUCGGCAUGCCAAGCUCCGGCACCAAGCCAGGUGCUGAUCCCAAAAGGUGACUUCAAGCUUGGUGAGACCGUGAUGACUGGUCCAUGCAAAUCUCCAAUCGAGUUCACCUUGCAAGGCAACGUCAAAGCUGACGGUGGCUCUACCCAGGGAAAGGAUAGAUGGGUUGUGUUCGAAAAAAUUAAUGGUUUUAAGUUGAACGGAGGUGGAACAUUUGACGGUGAAGGCAAUGCAGCUUGGAAAGCCAAUAACUGCCACAAGACUUUUGAGUGCAAGAAACUUCCCAUCAGUGUAAGGUUUGAUUUUGUGGAUAACGCUGAGAUAAAAGA